AUGGGAAUUCCAAUAUUAUCAUCAGAUAUCCAAGAAUCUGAUUUAUACAAAAUUCGAUAUACUAUCAAUGAACCAUCUAUAACAUUCACUGCCAUAAAAUUCUCCCCCAAUGGACAAAAUUUCGCUUGUUCUUCAUCAAAUGGGAAAAUAUAUAUUUAUAAUACCACCACUGGUAAAUUAAUCACCACUUUAUCAGGUCAUACCAAGGGAAUAUCAGAUAUUGUAUAUUCUCCUAUAAAUUCCAAUAUUCUUGCAUCUUGUUCUGAUGAUUUAACCAUUCGAUUAUGGAAUAUUACUCAACAACGAUGCAUAAAACUAUUACGGAAACAUACUUAUCAUAUAACAACGUUAAAAUUCACUCAAAAAGGUAAUAUUUUAAUUAGUGGAUCAUCCGAUGAAACUAUUACUAUAUGGGAUAUUACUUCAAAUGGUGGGAAGAUUUUAACCACUUUAGCGGCUCAUAGUGAUCCAGUUCUGUCAAUUGCAUUAACUCCUGAUGAUUCAAUUAUUGUCAGUGCUUCAUACGAUGGAUUAAUGAGAUUAUUUGAUUUACAAACCAGUCAAUGUUUGAAAACUUUAACUAAUAGUACGUUUGGUGGUCAUGGCACGGCUACAGCUAGUACCAAUGAUGUAAUCAAUUUCCCAAUUGCUAAAGUUGAAUUAUCACCUAAUGGACAAUUUAUUUUGAAUUCUAGUUUAGAUGGGAAAAUUCGAUUAUGGAAUUAUAUGGAAAAUAAAGUUUAUAAAACUUAUCAAGGUAUAAAUGGUGAGAAAAUUUGUGAGAAAUUUAAUUGUGAUAUAAAAUUUAUCACUCGAAAUGUUAAUAGCAAUGCCAUUACUAUUACUAGUAAUAACAAUGACGAUGAACAGUACAACAACGUGUUAAUUGUUUCUGGUAGUGAUUCGACGGGGUUAUUAAUUUGGGAUAUUCAACUGAAACAAAUUGUUUUUCAAGUAGAUCCACAAACUUGUGGGAAAGAUGCUAUUUUAGGAGUUGAUACUUACAAGCAAGGAGAAAUAUUGGGCUGUUGUAGUCGAGAUGGAAUAAUUACAAUUUUAGAUAUGAAUAAAAAAUAUACUGAAAGAAAUGAUAGUGUUCAACAACAGAAAGAGGUAAUUGAUACAGAAUCACGAGGUGAAACACCUAUUUAA